AUGGUUCUCAGUAUCACCAGCAUGUGUGCCAUAGUAGUUCUACUCGCCAAAGUCGACAACAUCCCGCUUCAAAGCUGGUGGCUCCCCAUCCAGCCCAACUCGGUCAUCGCCAUCCUGACAACAGUCGGUAAAGCAGCUUUGAUGGUUCCUGUAGCUUCCUCCAUGAGCCAACUGAAAUGGAUUCACUUUCUACUUCGCCCCAGGAGGCUCGUGGAUCUGCAGCUCUUCGACGAGGCUAGCAGAGGGCCCUGGGGCUCGGCUGUGCUCCUCUGUCGUCUAUUCUUCCGCCCCCGGGUAUUUGUAGCUCUGGGCUUUGCCUUUGUCACAAUUGUCGCCAUGGGUAUCGAUGCUACGGCCCAGCAGGUCUUGGAUUUCUCUCUCCAAGAGACUGCAUUGGACAAUAUGACGACCCCUUUGGGCGUCGCAAAUAACUAUUUCUCAAAGGGAUUCAUAGAGAAACCUGGUUCUUCAUUUAUUUGGCAGCCCAAUGUUGACCUCAUCAAGAUACAAUCCGCCAUACUGAACGGAGCGAGUGGUUCACCAGCGACACCCUACUUUGACUGCCCCGAGCCGGCGGAACGGUGCAGCUGGGAGCCGUUUACAACGCUGGGGGUUUGUGCUGACUUCAAGAACAUCACUGAAGAAAUCACCCCUCUUUGCGUAAGGAAUUCACAUUCCACAGGCAUGAACUGUACCUAUACCUCCCCGGAAUCACUCACUGGCCAGGGCGAACCCGAUUCCAUCACUAUGCACUGGGACCCGGAGUUCAACGGUUUGGGUGAGGCGAUGUUGUUUCAAUCAGUGUUCAAGGGUCGUUGGCUUGAUAGUCCCGCCUUGAUCGGCUCCAUCAUGACUGUGAAAGCCUUAAAUGAUGGCGCACCCAACGUCACGAAAGAAGGAUAUGUGCCCCCACCGGUAGAUAUUGGUUUUGGGGUCGUUUCAUGGUGUGUUCAGACCUUCCACAAUGUGACUGCAACACCGGGUCGGAUCAAUCCAGGGACAAUGACAUCUGAGCGCCUGGGGACCAUGGAGGCUCUCGUCAACGCGCUGGUGCCUGAGAAUAAGAUGGAUGCAACAUACUACCGAUAUCACGUAAACUCGACGGGCGCCAGCUAUAACUUAUCCCGGAUGGUCACAAAUACCUUGCCCCAUUUUCUCGAAUAUGUGUGCACCGCCACCAUUCAGCAUCAAAUAUCCCAGCCUACUGCCGAUAAUGAUCGGCGCAUUCAGCUAGCUUACACGUUUUAUCAGAGCGAUAUCGUGGGGGUGCUUCGCAACAUCAGCAAUGCCAUCACCAACCAGAUGCGUAGCAGUGAUCCGGGCGACAACUACAACGCCACCGCAAUCCAGGGCAAGGCGACGUUCAACGAAACGUACAUCCGCGUCCGGUGGCCGUGGAUGAUCCUUCCGCUGGCCGAGAUGGCCCUUGCCGCCGUGCUGCUGGCCAUCUCUAUCAUCAUGUCGCGCCACCAACCGUUGCUCAAGACGAGCGUCAUUGCGUAUCUAACAUCAAGGCUAGAAGGAUGGGCGGACGAGGAGCUGGACGUAGGGGAUUCGAAGCGAUUAACGCAGGAGAAGCUGGAGGAGCUGGCGGAAGGACUGAGGGCUCAACUUGAGGCGAACUCAGAGGGGCGGCUGGCGUUCAGGAGGAAGGAAAAGCUCAACUAG